AUGAAAAUUGAGAAACAGUACGACGAAACCCAGAGUCCACUCAAAAUGAAACACCUCGUGAGACUUUUCGGACUGUGUCAAAAGACCUACUUCACCUUUGCUGGAACAACUUGUGAAAAAAUCAAGGGAAUUUCGAUGGGUUCUCCAAUCUCCGGUCUAAAAGCAGAUUUGGUCCUGCAGGAGCUGGAAAAUAUUGCCUUCAUCCAACAGCCUCCGAUCUUUUGGCACCGUUAA